ACAAAUAUUUCAAUUGGCAAUGGUUCUUCUUCUCCACGAUGUCACAACAGAAAGAAUACGCAUAAAUUGAAUUCAACGGCUCAAAUGUCUGAGGAUUCAUCAAGAGUGUGAAAAUAUAAACUGAUCAUGCAUAGCAUAACUGUCAGCAGUUCACGGGUUCCUUGAGUUGAUUGGUUGUCUUACAAUAGCACUGUGCGUAUAUGAACUUUUUGGUGAGUUGGGUCUUUCUUGCAUGUAUCCAUGAAAUCAGGCCAUCAACAAGGUGGAGUCGACACUACUCACACUAAGAUUUUAAUAACAUCAUUGUCGGCAAUGGUGGCCGAGUCCACAACUUUCCCCAUAGACCUGAUCAAGACUAGGCUCCAACUCCAUGGUGAGUCAAUUUCCUCAAGUCGUUCAACUGGUGCAUUUCGAAUAGGUUUAGACAUUAUUCACAAACAAGGUCCUCUUGGGCUUUAUAAAGGCUUGUCUCCAGCAAUUUUUAGACACCUAUUUUACACACCUAUUCGAAUUGUUGGGUAUGAGCACAUGAGGAGUGUGGCCUCUGCCAACAAUGGGUCGCUCUCUAUAAUUGGCAAGGCUUUUGUUGGUGGAAUCUCUGGUAGUAUGGCUCAGGUUAUAGCAAGCCCGGCUGAUCUUAUCAAGGUGAGGAUGCAAGCUGAUAGUCAAAUGAUGAGCCAGGGUCUUCAACCUCGGUAUUCGGGGCCAUUUGAUGCUUUGAACAAAAUUGUUCAAGCUGAAGGAUUUCAAGGACUGUGGAAAGGUGUUUUUCCAAAUAUCCAAAGAGCCUUCUUAGUGAACAUGGGGGAAUUAGCUGUUUAUGAUCAUGCUAAGCAAUUUGUUAUUAAAAGUAGGAUAGCCGAGGAUAAUGUUUAUGCUCACACAUUAGCUUCCAUCAUGUCAGGUCUUGCGGCAACUUCUUUAAGUUGUCCAGCCGACGUUGUCAAGACUAGAAUGAUGAAUCAGGCAGCCAAAAAGGAAGGGAAUGUCUUAUAUAGUAGCUCCUAUGAUUGCUUGGUAAAGACAGUUAAAGUUGAAGGAUUAAGAGCACUCUGGAAAGGUUUCUUCCCCACAUGGGCAAGGCUUGGUCCAUGGCAAUUUGUGUUCUGGGUUUCCUAUGAAAAGUUUAGAAAAUUUGCUGGGCUCUCUUCUUUCUAAGAUAAUAUUUUGAUUUAUGCUGUUGAACAUUCAUUCAAGAUAAAUUCACAAUUCACAGUCUUAAGACUGAGUGUACACACCCAAAUUUCUUUAUGUUGUUUGUACCAUUAUUAUUUGAAACCAUUUAUGUGCUGUUACAUUGUCUCCAAGUGCUACUACUUUUUUUUUCCAA